GAUGUCUACUUGGAAGGUCCAGCAUCUGGACAAGCCUCUGUGCACCGUGUCAUUCAUAAUAACAAAAAACGAGACAUACAAUGGCUGCAAUAAUCGCAUGCACCAGGACAUCGGUACGAAAUGGGUGACCCUCACCCUGGAGAACAUCACAGUCUCUGAUGAAGGAAAUUAUACGUGCGAGGUGGUGAAUGAAGGAGGAACUUUAACCGGCACAAUUAUAUUAGAAGUAUUGGCUAAACCAUUUGCAUUAAUAACGCUAACCGGCUCCAGGUCUGCCGAGUGCCGAGCUGUUGGAGGGCAUCCUGCCACCACUGUAUGGUGGAACUCAGCGUUGCUCAAUGAAGUCAGUGAUACAACUUCCAUAGAAAAGAACAAAACCUCUACAGUGAUCAGCACCUACACCCCUGUGGAGGACAAUGAGACUGAAGCAACAUGCACUGUUCAUCAUCCAGCCUUCCCCAGUCCACUCAUACUAACUAUUAAAAUACCAGCUGCAGCAGGAAUGAAGAACAUGUGGUGGGUGCUAAUACCAGUAGUGGUGAUUAUUGUGAUCACUGUCAUCAUUCUCCUCCUUUGGCAAAUAUCCGGUUUAAGGACUUUCUCUGCAAAUAAAAGAGGAAACACUUCGGAACCGCAGGAAAAUCCCACUGUGAUUGUCGAAGAUGUGGAGCCAUAUGCCAGUUUUACCCAAAAAGUCAACACCAUUUACAACUCUACCAGCGAGCUGUCAGAAGCAAAGAUGAAAGACCUGACUACAGACUAUGGAAUUCAGAAGAUCAGGUUCUGA